AUGGGUGCAUUUCGACCUGGUGCAGGGCACCCUCAUAAAAGGAAAGAGCUUACAGCUGAGGAAGUGGAGGAGAGCAUUCCUGCUUCAUCAGAGGAGGAGAAAGACAAGAAACAUCUCCCAGGAGCUAAGAAACUUCCAGGUCCUGCUGUCAACUUGUCAGAGAUUCAGAACAUAAAGAGUGAGCUGAAAUACGUCCCCAAAGCUGAACAGUAGCUGGAAGAAGCAGUUUGGCACUCAAGAAGCAGAGAAAAGAAUGCAUUGCUUUCUUGCAGAGAUGGUUUGAUGCUGCA